CAGCUGUUAUUUUGUUUAUAUUUUCAUUUAACAUGACAGAUUUAUCAUUCUCUCAACUCUUUUCAUGAUGAGGCCGAUGAGGGCAAUCAAACAACAUUCAAAUUAUCUCCAACUGAUAAUUCUUUUAGACACUGCGAUAAUUUGCCACAAUUCCCUCUCGCAUAAUUCUGACGACUUUCUAAAGUUCAGAGUAUCAAAAUGAAUUUUGUGAAAUUUGCGGUGAGCAGUAACGGACCUAAAUUGCUCCCCUUUUUCAAAACUCUAGUUUUAUAUUUUCUCAUCUUUCCAUCUUCUGAAAAUCCUUCAAUACUCGGCGCAGCUCUGAAGUGUCUUCCAAUAAUAAGUUUGAUGUUUUUUGUCUUUCUUCAUGGAAUGAGCUCAAAGGAAGAGUACAAGUACUCUAGACGAAUUUUGGCAGGAUUAAUUUUUUGUUGUGUGGGAGAUGCAUUUUUAGUAUGGCCAAAUUUUUUUAUACCAGGCAUGAUAUCCUUUGCUAUUGGGCAUGUAAAUUACAUAAAUGCAUUUGGUUUCAAGCCUCUGAAUCUCACUGUUGGUAUGGCAGUUUUGGCUCUAGAUAUAGGGGGAAUCUUAUAUCUUCUGCCCGGCAUCCAAGGAAUAACUUUGAGUAUAGGAGUUCCACUGUAUGUUAUUCUUCUAGGUGUUAUGAUGUGGAGAGCUUUGGCUCGACUUAAUAGUAUCAAGGAUUUUAAGAACUGGAACAAAGUAUGCUCUAGCUUAGGUGGGAUCUUAUUUGUGGUUUCUGAUCUAAUAUUAGGAAUCAAUAUGUUCAGGUUCCGGGUAAAUCAUUCACAAGCCCUAAUCAUGUCUUCUUACUAUACUGCCCAACUCAGUAUUGCAUUAAGUGUUGUAGAUUCUAGUCAUACUGCCAAAUGAGCAUUUAUAGUAGUAAAAGAAAUUUCUUGAUUUCUUGGGGGUAUAGAUUCAUUUGAAUUAUUUAUUUAGUAGAAAAAGCUGUGAAUCAUGAAUAUGUCCUUUUAGGGUAUUCUCAAAAAUUUCGUGUUACAAGUUAACUGUUGUAACUGUUCCUAACAAUAAUUUUUGAAAUUUAUAUGAAGACUGAGGAUUGAAAAGACUUAUGGAUUAUGCUUUAUACAAAAAGUGAUUGGACAUUCUCCUCUAUAUGGCCAAAUUACUUCAUCUUAAUAAAAUGCUCAAUAGAAUUUAAAUAUAGUUCAUUGUUCAAUCAAUACGGAAGGUUGGCAGUUACACAAAAUGAAUAAACUUGCAAUUUUCCUAGCCCAACAUAAAACAUUCAAGUCAAUCAAGUCUGCCAAACAAAUUUGAAGGAACUGCCUUUUUUUAUUGUUUUCUGUGAAAGAUAUUUUGUUAUGACAAUACUCCCAUAAACUAUAAACAUAACUCACUUUAUUGUUAAAUCACAAAUAGGUAAAAUACAUUUAUGUUGAUAGAUAUGUUAUAUACUUAUAUGAAAUAAUUCUGUUUAGUUAGUUUAGUAUUAUGGCUGUGUUGUUUACUCAUCAAAUAAUUGACCUUCUGCCUGUUAAAUACUCAACUUUUUUUCUUAGUUCGAUAACCGAAAAUAUCAAUCAUAAUCCCAAACAGGCUAUUUUCUUUGUUCAUAAUAUUGGGCUUAUGCAGGUCCCCAAGAAUUAACACCUAAGAAACGGUCUAAUUGUCAGAUGCUGAGCAUGUGAUCGCCAUCUGCCAAUUUGAUUGGUCCUUUUCUCAAACCUUGUCCAGAUGCAGCGAUAAACGCUGCGAUUUACCACACGCUUCUCGAGGUCCAGGGCACACUAGAUCUCAUCACAUGCUGCAGCUGGACACCUGUCUAAUUCCCCAUAAGCUCACUCAUUGUUAUUCGAAGAAACAUUAUAAUCAAAUUUUCGUCUUCCUCAAAAUUUACAUAGCCAAAAUAUAGGGAUCUGAAUAGGUGACGUAGUUCAACCUUAUGUUAUAGACUGAAAAAUAAACAGAUUUCCUUUUAAGUUGAUUUCAACAGUAAGUAGAUUUCAAUACAGGAAGCACCCUGUGUUGCAAGUGCCAAAGAUUGAAGUUGUUUCAGCUAGAGAUAAUGAAUAUAUAGACUUUUUCACAAAUUAAUCUUAGAUAGUUGGGCCACAGCCCUCUUGGGCGAACUAUGUGUUUAUUUCUAUAAUGAUAUCUGAUUUUUACAUUUCAACUGCAUGAAAAAACUGUGAUUUGGGUUUUUGUAUGAAAAUAAUAACAAUAACUUGUUGAGGUAUCACUUUAUUCUGUAUAUAAGCUUUUGUUUAAAAAAUGUUACAAUUAUUUAAUUUUUCUAUUCCAAAGGACAUAUUAGAAUUUAUAAUAAAUAACAAUCACUGUGGA